CACUUUUUUAUGGCAGCAGAACAACACAGACCAACUGAUAGUCUUCACCGCACUAUUGUGUUGAGCAGCUGCUCCUGUGAAGUCAAAGGCGUCUCCGGCCUCCCACCAGUGUGUCCGGUGUUGCCAGAACGCCGAUAAGAUACAUAGCAAAUAGCCAAACCUUUAUGCUGGAGUUCCAGCACUGACUGACCUGUGUGUGGGGGCGUUUCUUUGAAAGCAGAAUGUGGGGCAUUUGCAGCAGAACUAUGGUUAAGGUAGGGAUGGCGAAACCCUGUGGCUUAAUGAAACCCUGCCACUUGGUGAAGCCUGUAUCAGCGACUCGGAUCACCGGCAGAUACUUGACCCAUCAGAAGGGGCUGCCCAGUCUGCCCGUCCCCCCUCUGCAGCAGACCUGUGAGCGCUACAUCGCUGCCCUGGAGCCCAUCGUGGAGGUGGACGAGCUGAUGCACACUAAAGAGCUGGUGGACGACUUUCAGAAAGCAGGAGGGGUUGGAGAGAGACUGCAGGGAGCUCUGGAAAAGAGAGCACGCCACACUGAGAACUGGUUGUCAGAGUGGUGGGUGAAGGUUGCUUAUCUCGAGUACCGGAUGCCUGUGGUGGUUCAUUCGAGUCCUGGGUUGGUCCUGCCCCGCAUGAACUUCACUGACAAACAGGGGCAAAUAAGGUUCGCUGCCAAACUGAUAGCUGGUGUUUUGGACUUCAAGACAAUGAUUGACAAUGAGACACUACCAGUUGAAUAUCUGGGAGGGAAGCCCCUGUGUAUGAAUCAGUACUAUGAAGUGCUGUCGUCCUGCCGUAUCCCCGGUCUGAAGAGAGACUCCGUGAUGAACUACGCCAAGAGCUCAAGGCCCCCCAAACACAUCAUUGUAGUCUACAACUUUGAGUUCUUUGUAUUGGAUGUGUACAACAGCGACGGAACUCCGCUAACAGCUGAUCAGCUCUGCCUUCAGCUGGAGAGGAUCUGCAGCUCCUCACUGCAGACCCACAUGGAGCCUGUCGGCAUCCUCACCACCCAGCACCGCGACUCCUGGGGCAAGGCCUACGUCAACCUCAUCAAGGAUAAGACCAACAAAGAAUCAGUGUCAGCUAUCCAAAGGAGCAUCUUCACCUUGUGUUUGGAUGGUGCGAUGCCUCGAGUGCCUGAUGACAUGUACCGCAGCUGCGCCGCCGUCCAGAUGCUGCACGGAGGAGGCAGCCAGUGGAACAGUGGCAACCGCUGGUUUGACAAGACACUGCAGUUUAUUAUUGGAGAGAAUGGGACAUGUGGUGUGAACUAUGAGCAUGCCCCAGCUGAGGGCCCACCCAUAGUGGCCUUGAUUGACCAUGUUGUAGAAUACACGAGGAAGCCAGAGGUGAUUCGGUCUCCCAUGGUGCCUUUGCCCAUGCCUAAGAAACUACAGUUCAACAUCACUCCUGAGAUCAAGAAGGACAUUGAGGAAGCCAAGAACAGCAUGAAUAGACUGGCCCAAGACUUGGAUAUGAGGGUUGUGGUAUUUGGCCACUUUGGGAAAAAUGUGCCGAAAGCCCACAACAUGAGCCCGGACGCUUUCAUACAGAUUGCACUACAGCUGGCUUACUACCGGAUUUAUCAGCGCUGCUGUGCCACAUAUGAAAGUGCCUCCCUGCGUAUGUUCAGACUGGGUCGUACAGAUACAAUCCGCUCAGCCUCAAGUGCCUCGGCCGCCUUUGUCAAGGCCUUUGACGAGCCUAGCAAACAGAACACAGAGAAGGUUGAUCUGAUGGUGAAAGCCGUAAAAGCACACAGGUCAUAUACUAACAUGGCAGUCAGUGGCCAGGCCAUAGACAGACACCUGCUGGGUCUUAAGAUGGUGGCUACUGAGGAAAAGCUCUCCCUACCUGAUAUCUUCACAGAUGGCGCCUACGCCAAAGCCUUACACUACCAGCUGUCCACAAGUCAGGUACCGUCCAAGACCGACUGUGUCAUGUGUUUCGGCCCGGUUGUACCCAACGGAUACGGCGUUUGCUACAAUCCUAUGAACGAUCACAUCAACUUUGCGGUGUCGUCUUUCAACACCUGUGAAGAAACAAAUGCAGCCCGUCUGGCCCAGGCCGUGCAGGAUGCACUGUUGGACAUGAGGACGCUGCUGGAACAAACCCCAAGAGCCAAACUGUGAAGCUCCUCCGGACUUUUUGCAAAAGGACUAGUGUCAGUUGAUGACUCCAGUGAGUCACAUGUGAUAGGAGUAGCACUCCUAGAGUGAUUGAGUGACAUUUGGAUGACCGGAUCCCCCUCCCACCUGGUGUAAGACUACCAAGCUCCAUUUGGUAGUCUGAACCUGUAUUCUGUUUUCUCAACCAUCAUGCACUUUAAAUGACAUGUAUAAUGACUGGGUGUUGUUCCUCUGGCGGCACAGUGCACACGCACAUUAAAUUAAUAAUGAUGCAGACAUUUCUGUCUUAAAGUUUAAUACUGAAACAUCAACAGAAAUGAUCUUGUUAACAAUUUGUUGUUUUAUCAACAAAUCGCCCAGUGAGACCAGAUCCAACAGUCACCUCUGUUGACUAUAUUAAUGAGCAUUGUGUGACACAAACUGACAUAACUUUAUGCCUCAUUGCCGUAGACCUCCAUCGUCAUCUGGAAACUGCUAAAACACAGAGCUGCUAGUUGAGGUUCAUUCUGACAUAACCUCACAAUAGCAGCUCCGUUGCUGCGUUGUACAGAGCUCGACUGUGGCCUCAUAAUUGAACAAUACAGGUAGUGACACCUGAGAACUUUUUAUACAUAGCUGCAUAAUUUGAAUGUACCUCCUCUCUUGGCUUGCAUCAUUUACAAAUGGUCACUUUUACAUUAUUCAACAAAAUAAAUCUCAGGGAUAGAAGGGCAGAUUGUGACCAUAUUUUACAUCUGGUCAGAUACUGAAUUGGUUUGGUUUGGCCAGUUUCAAGAUGGGUGUCCACCUUGUUAUCCAUGUACAUUUUACACAAUGUAUCUGCUUCCUUUUCAUUCUGAAGGUCAGUAUCAGUCCUAUCAUUUCCUUGAAUGCAUCUUUACUGUGCACGGAUUGCUACACUGAACAUGCGGUUUAUUAAUCCAUGGUGUGUACUGAAUUAGUUUAUUAUUAAUCUGUGGCCUUUGAUUUCCACAUCCAUAUUUAACAUCUCUACCAUGUGACUGCCGGCAGGCUCUGUAGUAUAGUGUAUAGUUUUCUGCAUUGCUGUCUUUUCUUUUUUUCAGAAUAAUGAGAGUCACAAAAAUCAGACUGAAUCCUACAAAUAGUAUUUUUUUUUAAUUGAUUUUUAUCAGUUAAACGUUUGAAAGGAUGGGGUAUUUCUUCCUUCAAGAGCUGCCAAGCCAUAUAUUUUUCCUGAAUUCGAAAUUGUUUUCAAAUCAUUGUGAACUGCAAAAAUCACUGACUCUUCUUCAGAUGCCGUCAGAUAUGACUGAUGUUUGUUGGCCAGUUAGCGCGUUGUUGGUUUGUUGUGCAAGACAGAGGAGAUGUGAUUACUCUGAACUGGUUGAUGAUUGAAAAAGAUUUCCUCUCAGAUUAAAUGCAUAUUCUUCUGA